UGUAUGGCAUUUGCAAAUACUGUAGCCUACUUUAAGCAGUACUCUAACAAUCAUACUUAUAAAUGCUAUAUAUGGAUUAUUUACUCUACAAAACCACUGCAUUUCUUGUAUUAGGAUUGUGCUCCUGCCAAGAUGAGUUACUGCUGGAUGGGCCUCUGAAUAGCACAGUUGGAGGGAAUGUGGUGUUCACCCUCAUCAACCCUCCAUCUAAACCACCUUCAAGAAUCACCUGGACUUCUCCAAGCAAAACAGAGAUCAUCACUACACUUGAUGAUUUAGAGAAGAUACAUCCUGAUUAUACUGGUAGAAUCUCUCUGAACAAAGCCACAGCAUCACUGGAGCUCAGCAACCUGACUACCAAUGACACUGGGGAGUACACUCUGGGCAUCUCCAUAAAUAGUGUACCUCAAGAGGCGAAAACAUCACUGACAGUGUUUGGGAAAAUAUCUACAUCUCCCAUCAUAAGCACUUGGGGCACCCUCAUGGCAGGCAAACGUUCUGUCAACUUGACCUGUGAUGCUCAGGGCACCAUUGUCACCAGAGAGUGGACAAAGGAUGGAAAACCUCUGUCUCCUAGCAACAGAACCACCUUCUAUGAGAAGAACAGAAUACUGUCCAUCAGCCCAGUAGAGAAGGAGGACAAUGGGCAGUACACAUGCACAGUCAGCAAUCCUUUCAGCGUUGAUAGUAAGAACUACACCCUUGCGUUCAAUCCUGAAACUCCAAGCAGUGGACUGUCUGAUGGAGAAAUAGCAGGGAUUGUUAUUGGCACCAUUGCAGGUGUAGCUCUGGUUGUGUGCUUAAUAGCAUUCGGCACAAAGAAAGCCGGGGUAUGGUAGCUAGUCUGUAGUUAUUUAACAUUUGGUCAUAUCUGUGACACUGAGCUGUUUACUCUCAAAUAAUUAGAAAUGAAAUCAAAUACUGAUUAGAUUGAAAAUAAGGUAACGGAGUGAGAUAAGUUUGUAAUAUCCAAAGCUGAUUUUACAUAUUUUGCUCAGUAAAUGCUUCAAUGCUAUUCAAAAUAUUUACUGGCUACAAGACACUUUUAAAACAGGCAUUGUGAUUUUAAAAAUAUAUAUUUUACAUUUUUUUAGGCUACACGUAUCAUUUGUAAUUGUGUACGAAAUAUUUUUCUAAUAAAAAUGUUGAAACAACGUUGGACCUUG